AUGGGCAAUGGCGUUGUUGGUAAACCAUCCAGAGGUAAUGGAGAAAGUAAGAGCCGAAAUAGACACCAACGUCGGGGAAGAGCGUCUAUUGGAAGAGCGAGACUUGCCAAAGCUGACUUGCAAAAUGUGAUCAAUGAGACACAGCGCCUACAAAAUCACAAUAAGAACCUUCCCCCCUCCCCACUGUCUCUCCCAAUUAUUGGCCAUCUCCAUCUUCUGAAAGAACCAAUUCACCGCACCCUCCAAUCUCUUUCUUCAAACUUGGGCAAAAUUCUACUUCUCCGAUGGGGUUCACGCAGAGUCCUCUUGAUCUCUUCGCCUUCGAUCGCGGAAGAAUGUUACACGAAGCACGACAUCAUCCUCUCCAACCGCCCACGCUUGCUUGCCGGGAAACACUUCCACUACAACUUCAAAACCGUCGCCGCCGCACCCUAUGGAGACCUCUGGCCCAACCUCCGCCGCGUCAUGACUCUCGAGAUCUUCUCCUCCUCUCGCCUCGCCACGUCUUCGAGCGUCAGGCAAGCUGAAGUCCGUUUGCUAUUGAAUCAGACGAUGAAGAGCUGUGCUUGCACGCAACAGGGGAUGACAAAGAUCGAGCUCAAAUCCAAGUUCAUGGAGCUUUCGUUCAACGUGAUGACGAUGAUGGUUUUGGGGAAGCGGCACCACGGCGAAGAUGUUGAGGAUGUUGAAGAGGCUAAGCAUUUCCGGGAGGUUAUGAGGGACGCCGUUGACCUACCCACAACGACGAAUUUGGGAGACUUUUUGCCAAUUUUACAGUGA